AUGGCUACCGAUGUAGUAUUGGAGACCACCAUGGGUGCCAUCACCGUCGAGCUCUACAACGACCACGCUCCCAAAACGUGCAAGAACUUUUCCACGCUUGCCCAGCGAGGCUACUACAACAAUGUCAUCUUCCACCGUAUCAUCCCAAAUUUCAUGAUUCAAGGUGGCGAUCCCACAGGCACAGGACGAGGUGGCUCCAGUAUUUAUGGGGAGAAGUUUGCAGAUGAGAUCAGUCCUUCGCUAAAGCACACUGGCGCAGGCAUUCUGAGUAUGGCAAAUAGCGGCAAAGACACCAAUGGAAGCCAGUUCUUUAUCACACUAGCUCCGACUCCGUGGCUAGACGGCAAACACACAAUCUUUGGCCGUGUCAAGAGCGGGAUGAAGGUUGUGCAGAGAAUGGGCUUGGUCAAGACGAACGGCGAGGACAGACCCUUGGAGGAGGUCAAGAUAAUUCGGGCAAAGGUCGCUGAGGUCUCUAAUGGUGACUAG